CAACAUGGCCAAUGCGCUGGCCAACGCCUCCUGUGAGCGCUGCAAGGGGGGCUUCGCGGCUGCUGAGAAGAUCGUGAACAGUAACGGGGAGCUGUACCACGAGCAGUGCUUUGUGUGUGCUCAGUGCUUCCAGCAGUUCCCAGAAGGGCUGUUCUAUGAGUUUGAAGGAAGAAAGUACUGUGAACAUGAUUUUCAGAUGCUGUUUGCUCCUUGCUGUCAUCAGUGUGGGGAGUUCAUCAUUGGCCGAGUCAUCAAAGCCAUGAACAACAGCUGGCAUCCUGAAUGUUUCCGUUGUGACCUUUGCCAGGAAAUCCUGGCAGAUAUUGGCUUUGUCAAGAAUGCUGGAAGACAUCUGUGUCGCCCUUGUCAUAACCGUGAGAAGGCGAGAGGCCUUGGGAAAUACAUCUGCCAGAAAUGCCAUGCCAUCAUUGACGAACAACCUCUGAUAUUCAAGAAUGACCCCUACCACCCAGACCAUUUCAACUGUGCCAACUGCGGGAAGGAGCUGACAGCCGACGCCCGGGAGCUGAAGGGAGAGCUGUACUGCCUGCCGUGCCAUGAUAAGAUGGGCGUUCCCAUCUGCGGUGCCUGUCGCCGGCCCAUUGAAGGGCGAGUGGUGAAUGCCAUGGGCAAGCAGUGGCACGUGGAGCAUUUUGUUUGUGCCAAGUGUGAAAAGCCAUUUCUUGGACAUCGCCAUUAUGAGAGAAAGGGCCUGGCGUAUUGUGAGACCCAUUAUAACCAGCUAUUUGGUGAUGUUUGCUUCCAUUGCAACCGUGUUAUAGAAGGUGAUGUGGUCUCUGCUCUUAAUAAGGCCUGGUGCGUCAACUGUUUUGCCUGUUCUACCUGUAACACUAAAUUGACACUCAAGAAUAAAUUUGUGGAGUUUGACAUGAAGCCAGUCUGUAAGAAGUGCUAUGAAAAAUUUCCACUGGAGUUGAAGAAAAGACUUAAGAAACUGGCUGAGACCUUAGGAAGAAAAUAAUUUCAUUUUAUUUUUUUUUCACUGUAAAGAUAAGAGAUUUCCAACAUUAUUUGAUUGAUCCAGCCUUACUAAAGCUUUAUCUCAAGUUUGUGUUAUAUUUAAAUAUGGUAAACAAGUUCAAAUCUUGAUUAAAUUAAAAUUUGCCUUUGUUAGUAACCCCUAUUAAAUUGUUGACACUUCAUAGAAAAAAUACAUGGCUAAAUGCUGUUUUAAUUAAGGUUCAAAAAUUAAAUAUAACCUUUGAAAUGAAAGUAAGGAAUCAGCUUUUAUAUGACUCAAAUAAAUGUAACAAUAUUGAACUUUAUAGUCAAAAGAAUAUUCAAACUACUACUGGAGGGAAUUUGGGGGAAAAAAAUGACUGAAAAGAAAACAUCUUGCAGACUUUUUUUUUUUUUUAGUGAAUCACCUUGAGGUUACCGUUACAGAGUUACAAACUUUCGUGCUUGCGUUUCACGAAGUAACAUAUUUUUAUUUCAAGAAACUUCCUUAGAGCAAUGUGAGGGGUGAGAAAGAUAGGCUGCCUGGGGUCCAGAGAGAAGAGAGCGGAGACUGGUGCAGAAGGGCUUCUGCAGAGGGCCGGGCUGGGGGCACAGCAGCCUGAGAUGGGGAAGGAGCCCAGAGCUCCAUCUCUUCUUGACGUUUGAUUUGAGGCCACACCCAGUAAUAUCUAAGGGCUACUUUGGUCAUCCUCUGAGGUGACUGACAGUGCUGGAGAUCCAAUCACAAUCAGCCCCAUGCAAGGCAAGUGGCUUAGCCCCUCACUAUCUCCCUGGCCCUCUUACAGAAUCUUAAGUUGUAGUAUGAACAUACAUAUUACUAAAAAACAAGUAUAUUCAGAGCUACUUGACUUUUAUGGGAUAUCUGUUAUUAAAUGCAAUAAUUAUUAUGCUUAGUUUUAUAUAUUAUUUUUGUGAGCUGCUUUUAUCCAAUUGCUUUGCAACAGUUACAGCUAGAAAAUAGUAUGCUUUUAAAAAUUUUGUGCAAAAAAGUACUAGCUGAGGCCAGAGAGAGAGUACAGUGGAUAAGAUGCUUGCCUUGCUCUUGCCCAUCUGGGUUUAAUACCCAACAUUCUAUACAGUCUCCUGAGCACUGCCAGGAGUAACCCCUGAGCACUGCCAGGUAUGCCCCCCCCCAAAAAAAGUACAUACUAAGUAUUUGAGAAUACAGUAUACAAUAUUGAUAAAUGAAGUAUUUUUUAGUGUAUGACAGCAAUUUUGCUUCUAAGCUUAUAGUUAAGAAGUAGUCUUAAGCUAGAAUACAAAAUUAUAUAUAGAUUGGAAUGUAUAAUUUUGAAAAAUGAAUGUAUGUGAAUUGGUCAUUGCCUUUAAGUCAUACUAAUACCUAUGAUUUAUAUAAAUCAGAUUUGCUUUGUCUUGCAAAAACAUACUUUAAUUAAGAAUCCUAGCCAUAUCCUAUAAUAGGUGAUAAUAAGUGCACUUAGGUUUGUAAACUGAAAUUCAUUUAUUACAACUACGGUUAUUAUUUUUUAAAGCUUGGGGUCAAAAAAGUAUCUCAAAGGACUGAACACAGGCUCUUUGGUACUUCAUGCUCUGCUGGUAGUGACUCCCGAGCACUCUUGGGUAUUGCCCAAAAACAGUAACAAAAAUUUUUCUCCCUUUUUGGGGAAACACAUAGAAAUAUCUUUCUGUUAUCUUAGUAGAUGAAAAUUAUCUUAAUAUGUUUCAAGUUAUUUCCAAUCUAGUGAAUUUUAUUUCCUAUAACUGAAAAGUAUAAAGAUACUUUUAUAUUGGGAUGUGUCGAUUUUAAGUCAAAGGUCAUGAAUUAUUCUACUUUACAAAAAAAGUUUCUGGACCAUUCUUUAUACAUUUGUAUGCAAAGCAGAUUUGAGAAACAUUUUUCAAAUGUUGCUGCUGUUACAUUAUCUAAAAGAAAGUUGCUCAGAUAUAUUUCUAAGGAAAAAGUUAUUUGUUUUUUAAUUGCCUGUAAGUGGUUUUACCAUGAAAAGAACUCAGGAUUCUGCUUACCACUCUGCCGUUAAAAUAUUUGCAAGCAUGUAUUUUUUUAAAAGAUUAUGCAUGUACUUUAUAGAAUAAAUCUGAAAUUUGGCUUUCAGAUAGCUUCAAACCAAUUUUUAGUGUUCUUUUAGAGUUUAAAGAGUAAUAAUGAUUGUGGCGCAUUUGCUGCCUGAGCCCAUAUGCUGCUUGUGCCCACGUGGCUGAGCACAUGUGGUGCCCGAGCACAUGUGUCGCCCGUGUCUCCCCCUUAAGAUGUGUACUUUCAUGCUUUCGUGUCCAGUGCUAGGAUGUGUGUAGAGCUUCCUCCACCCUUGGAGAAGCCCGCGUUCUCCCUUGAGCGCGUUAUUCUUACUAUUUCUCUCUCCCACUUACCCUUCCUCCCUCGAAACCUCUGAAUAAAAUCUAUUUACUUCAAAAAAAAAAAGAAAAAAGAGUAAUAAUGAUUGAAAAGUAAUCAUAUAAAGUUUAAGAUUAUAUGUGCCCCAGUUUGUCUUUUAUUUGAUAAAGUCAUAUCCUUCAGUGUGUCUUUGCUUCUGUAUGACUAGCAAUGCAAACCUUGAAGAUGUUCACUAAAUAUUAUAUGAUGAGUAUAGAUGAGUAGUGCAGAGUUUGCAAUUUAGGAAAUCUUGAUACUAAAUUAUUAAAUGUCCUUUUACCAAAAUAUGGAAUAGAAAAGCAGCCGUUCCCCUGUAUUCAUGAUGACUUUGCAAGUACAUGGCCUCACCUGAGCUGCGUGGUCAUGGAGCCCGCAGGGCCAGGCUCUUGGGUAGCCACAUGUCCUGCCACUGUCUCCACUCAUCAUCUCAUAAACUGGGAACCAAAAGCUUAGAAAUUCAGCUUGUUAAGCCUCAAAUAUUUCUGGGCAUUUUUUU